CCAGAAGAUCAAGCUCCAACCCAUCAACACAAAAUCUCUCUCCCAAAGCUAGCAGUUGCAGUGGGUGUCCCAGUAUGUCUGACCAUGGCUAUAAUAUUUUUAUUUGGUUCAAGCCAUAAGUACAGGGCCAUAGCGAAGCCGUUUUGGUUUCCGCCUCUAUGGGUCAUGCACGUGGGCUCGUUGGUCUGCUCCGGGCUCAUGGGUGUCUCGGCGUGGGCGGUGUGGUCCGAAGGUGGGUUCAGGGGAGAAUCCGAUGCACUGCCUCUGUACGUGGCUCAUAUCUCUCUGGGAAUCGUGUGGGAACCUCUCGUCGUCGUGAUGGGAGCGGCUUGGAUGGGGUUGGGGUUCUGUGUGGUGCAUUUUGGGACUCUUGUUGCGUGCUACUCGGCAUUUCGAAACGUGAAUCCGGUGGUGGGAGAGCUCGUUAAGCCUUGUUUGGCUUGGGAGGACAACAAGAACAAAUGCAGUUGCACCAUUUUACAAACAGGUGGUGGUCAAGCUGAGUCCGAUAGGCAGACAGUUCUCAAGUGGUUGGUGUCAUAUCAAUAUGAAUGGAAGAGAUGGAUAAAUGUUUCUGUAUCUGAAGAUAUUUUAACAUGCUUGUGAUAUUUCUAGAUAUUUAUGAAA